UAGAUAACUGAUUCACCUGUGCCGUUAUAUGCAAUAAGCCACACUAAAACUACAGAUAUGGCGAUAAGGAAGUUAGGAUGAGGCAAGCGGGUGGCGCGACGAACAAAUGUGGUGCCGUUAUGUAUGUUUUUAUGGUUGUAUGUGUCGGAAUGUGAGCGAACAACGAGUUUAGUUGUUCUAUAGUGCACCUGUUUCCACCAAAGCGCGCACGGAAUAUGCCAUUUUAUGUUGCGCCAAUAUUAUAUCUUAUCAAUAGCUUAUCUUAUCAGCGACACUUCGUAGCUUUGCUAAGAGUGAACGCGGUUUUUUCGAAUUUUUGUUUUGUAAGUUUUCUUGGGCGCAUAGUUAUUGGUUAGCCGUGGGUUUGAGUUAAUCGCCUUUGAACAUAACAAAAUCAUUGAAACGUUUACAUAGACAACAAAAUGGGUUUGGGGCGUCAGGAGAAUACGCUGGAGAAGCAAAUUGGCUGCGUAAAGUACACGCUUUUCUGUCUCAAUAUUGUCGCAUGGAUGCUGGCCACGGCGCUGUUCGCGCUUUCCGUCUGGCUGCGCGCCGAAGAGGGUUUCAGCAAUUGGCUGACAAUUUUACAGGCACAAACCUUUUAUAUUGGCGUCUACAUAUUAAUUGGCACAAGCAUAAUCAUGAUGGCGGUGACAUUUUUGGGUUGCCUUAGCGCUUUGAUGGAGAACACUUUGGCGCUUUUGGUCUUUCUCGGCACACAGGUGUUUGGUUUUGUCGCCGGUGUAGCCGGUUCGGCGGUUUUGCUCGAUUACAGCACCAUGAACUCGAGCUUGCAGCCGUUGUUACAGCGCUCGCUGACUUAUUUGGUAAGCACCUCGGAGUACGCACAUUCAUCGUAUGUGCUCAAUAUGAUACAAAGCAAUAUUGGCUGCUGUGGCGCUACGGGACCAUGGGAUUAUUGGAAUUUGCAUCAGCCACUGCCAAACUCAUGUCGCGACACAGUGAGCGGUAAUUGUUUCUUUAACGGUUGUGUCGAUGAGUUGACUUGGUUUUUCGAGGGCAAGACAUCUUGGAUUGUGGGUGUGGCCCUGGGGUUGGCGAUGUUGAAUGUGGUGUGCGCCAUUUUGAGUUUAGUGCUGGUGCAAGCUGUUAAAAAGGAGGAGGAUGAAGCGCAGACUUAUCGACAUUGAGUAAUUACAGUGAGCGGAAAAUAGUAGCAGACGAUGUUGGGAGUCGAAUAUGCACAAUAAUUGUUGCUGGGGAUGCGUACUUUUAUAUUUAGCGAUGAAUGCGCGCAUUGAGUUCCGUUGGAAACCGACAAUUUUACAACUUUAGUUUUUUACCACAAAACCGCCGAAUGAACUUUUUACAUACUACUACAUACAUAUUUGUCAUGCAUUUUAAUUUUUACAGUUAUCCAUUAGAAUUUUAAGUUUGGUUAACAAAAUGAAAACUUUACAAAUACACCUAAGCGCACAAAUAGUUUUAAUGAAAUCGUUAAUAAAUAAAUAUUUGUGUUUUCUUCUGCACUUGGAAGAAAAUAACAAGAAAACAGUGUUGCUAUCAA